AAGGACGGGCGGCUCACACACUGGGCUUCUCCUUUUGGAGAUGUGGAGGAGGAGGGGGGUGGGCAGGCGUAGGUCGAUGACGUCACCCGGGGCACGAAACGAGGAAGUGAAGCCGGAGGGGAGGCGAAACUCCGCGACUCGGCCUCGGCAGCCUCUCCGACCUGCUCGCUAACGGGGACUACAUGAAGACGAGUGGGCGAUGACGCGGAAAGACGCUUCGCUGUGCUGGCCCGUCCUGCUGGCCGCGGUCUGCCGGCUGCCCGGGCUCGGCGGAGAGGCGGCGGCGGCGUCUCGCAGUGCUGAAGGUGGUCUCGCCGUCCCCCUCUCCCAGCCGUAUUUCCUGCGCCUGCUCGCCAACACCCCCGAGCUGCUGGUGGCGGAAGUGGGCGACGCCGGAGUGGGAGUGCUGGUCCAGGCGCAGACCCAGUCCCGCCGCGUCACCCUGUCCCAGUCACAGGCGUUCCCCCGUGACGCGUCCUACAACGGGACCAGCGCCGGGCUGUGGAUCCCGCUGAAGGAGUCGGCGCUUCGGGCUUCCUUCUUCAUCAGAUCCGAGGAGAACGUCACCGCGCUCGUAAGCGUCGUGCCUUACCGGGAGCAAGAUCCUGUUCCCGGGGCGUGCAACACGGAAUUCGACAUGGAAAACGACCCCAACGUCCACCUGGGCUUCACGGCCCACGAGACCGUGGUAGAGUUCGCGCCCGCCAACCUAGGGGUUGCAAGAAACCUGAGCCCCCCAGCGUGUGAUGUCGGCCAAGGGACCCACUCGAGGUGGAGGCUGACCUACGACCUCUACCAGUACUUCCUGUCGGAGGUGGACGUCAGUGAGGCCGGGGUGUUUGACGGGCUAGCGAGGAUGAGCUCGGUGCAGAAUGUGGAGCAGUAUGGGAGGAAGAUCGCUUCCCUGACCUCCUUCGACAAGACCCGCCUGCUCGUCAGCCCCUUUGCCAGCAUUGGGGUGAUCUAUGCUGUGGUGGUCCGGGACCCCCUGCGUCACGCCGCCUCCCUCUACGUCCCCGUGUCGACCUACAGCUGUGGUCUGGCCCCUCCCGGCCCCUGCCGGGGUCAGGGCCCAGUUUCGUCACGGGUGUUCUUCGCUGUCCUGGGGCUCUACGGGCUGUUCGUCUGCUUUGCUGGGCACAGGUUUCCUGUGGCCGGACUCUUCUUCUUGGGGUUCCUGCUGUUCUGCCUGCUCUCGUUCGUGCUGGUGGGACGUUUUUCGGGCGCCUCGUACGACCUGUGUCUGGUGUCCGCCGCCGUGACCGGAGGGCUCGGGGGAGCCCUGUUCGCUCUGUGCGGGUGGCGGCUCAGGGCGCCUCUCCUGCUGACGGCGCUGGCCGGCCUGGUCCCAGGGUUCCUCCUGGCCGCGGUUAUAAUGUUCACCCCACUCGUGAACGAGAAGAUGCUGAGGUCUGACGUGCUGUUCUGGACGUGCGUGACGGCCAUCUCCAUCGUGCUGCCUGCCGUCGUGCUGGCCUACCCCAGAGCGCUCAGCAUCCUGUCCUGUGCUUGGGUGGGCUCCUACACCGCAGUGCUCAUGGUGGGCUCGUACCUCCCCACCAGCCUGCCCUACAUUCUCCUGAGUGUGAUCCGGAGAGCCGUCAGCCCCCUGUUCUCCCAGGCCAUCAUCCUGGCGCCUUUCCAGUCCACGGACGGCGCCCUGCUGGCCCUGUGGGCUGUCCUGGCCGUCGGGGGGGCCGCCUCUCAGCACUUCCUCACCAGGGACGAGCCCCCGUUCCCCCGGGGUCCCCACCCGAGCCGGGGAGAGAGCCAGGGCCCCCCAGCCUGCGACGAGAGGUCGGCUCUGCUCGGGGGCGCGGAGGGGCGGCGCGAAUCCUGCAGGUGAAGCCCGUCCCGUCUGAGGGACCAGAACGAGAGAAGCUCUGUCCACAAAACCCCCCAUCGCAACACCCCUCCUUGUGAGGGACCCUGCUGCUGGUGAGCAUGGUUAAAGGCCAGAUGCACUUUAUCUGUUAUUGCGUUCAAGCAAUACUCAAGCCACAGGUUCAUUCCUUAUACCUUUUCACCUAUUGAAACAGUAACUACAUUAAUUUUUAAUGUCACUAAUAGUAAUAACUAUGAAUGUAUGUCUGUGUACUAAUAUAGAACAGCACUUUGUUCAAAUAUAUUCAGACCCACUGGUGGCUGUCAACUUGUCGUGUUAUAAGCACAGGAGUACAGUACCACUGAAGGGGUGUGGGAACUGCUCUGUCCAUUAGCUGCCAGAAACCAGGCAGGGCUAGGUAGCUUGUUGGAAACCGCGAAACAAACUUCUUGUUGCUCUGUGAGUUAGUCCACGCGGUUUGCAAACAGCUGUGGUUUCUCUGCACCUCUCCCUCGUGAGCGUUUGUGGGUGUGGCUCCCUCCUCUCCUCUCUCCAGCACGGACGACUGUCCUCCGAGCGUGGCUCCUGUGUUCUGUGACCCUGCCCCCUAGAUCAGGGUCCUGUCCUGUGGUCUGUCCCAGAAUGCUCUUCUCUAUGGGGGUUUCGCUGUUUUAAUGACAGGGGGUGGCACCAACACCCCCCUCCUCCCCCAGCAGAGUCAGGUCCUUCACCCCCACCCCCCCCAUCUUCAAGCUGCCACACCCCAAAACUGGAGAGGAGGGACAUCUCCACCCUGCUGGCCUCAGCCCAGCACCAGGACACGAACAGGCCAAUCCGGCGUUCAGCGCUGUGCUGACCAGAUCUGUCCUAGACUGACAAAAAGGGAAGAUAUACAUUUUUUGACAGAUGCCAUAUUUUCUGAUGGUAAUACUUCUUCUUGUAGCUGUAGUGUUUUGUCAAUAAAUUGUUCUUUAUAUACCGUU